AUGGCUCCCAAAGUUGAGAAGACUGAUACGUCGGUGACUGAUGCCCUUAACGCCAUCGCCAAGUCCUUCAAUUCCCACCUGCAGGAGCUGCGUGCUUCACAACAAACCUUGGAGUCCAAGCUUAAUUCCUCCCUCACAAACCUCUAUUCCCAAAUCGCCGCCUUACAACCAUCCACUUCCCAGCAAUCUAAAACCACCUUUCCCCACCUCGUGGGUAUUAAUCCUCCUGAUCCUCCGGUGCUUCCGCAACCACCGCCUUUACCUGCCGGUAAUCUUUUCCAGCCAAAAACCCCCAAAUUUGACCUUACCCAUUUUGAUGGCAACCAUGCUCCUGCUUGGCUCUUUCAAGCGGAGCAGUAUUUUGCUUUCUACGCUUUUCUCAAUCCCCAAACUGCUCUCUUCAAACUCAGGCAAACAGGAACACUUACCCAAUAUCAACAAGAGUUUGAAAUUCUCUCAAAUAGAGUCACUGGCCUUUCAAAUGACCAUUUACUAAAUCUAUUCAUCUCUGGCCUCAAACAUGAUAUUCAACAGGAGGUGGUGAUUCACAAUCCGAGAACACUCACGCAUGCCUUUGGUUUGGCCAAACUCAUUGAGGCCAAAUUUGCAGAAACACGGCAAAGAAAUUAUCGAGGCCCCCUUUUGACGUCUUCCUCCUUUGUUACCCCUGUUUCCAACUCGAAGGCACCUUCACCCUCAUCUUAUCAGAUCUAUCGUCUCACACCGACUGAGAUGCAAGCUAGACGAUCAAAGGGAUUGUGCUACAACUGUGAUGAGCAAUUUAAACCCGGUCACCGUUGCAAAACAACUCCAUUUUUGUUGUUGCAAAUGGAUGAACCCCCUGAUUAUACCAACACAGAGGAAGCUAUGGUUUCUACAAUGACAGCUUUCUCACGGUCAGCAGCGGACAUAGCCACUGAGCCACUUCCACUGUCGGAGAUACCUCUUCCCCCACCACCACCCCUUCCGACGGAGCUUCAGCUACCGGAAUUUCAGGUUUCCCUUCAUGCUUUAUAUGGUUUAUCCUCUCAUUCUUGUUUAAAGCUGACAGGGACAUUUAGGGGUCACUCUUUUACCAUUUUGGUGGAUUCGGGAAGCACCCACAAUCUCAUACAGCCUCGAGUUGUAAAAUACUUGGGAUUAUCAAUUGAGCCGCCUCCUCCAUUAACGGUCAAGGUGGGCAACGGCGAGGUUCUUCGCUGUUCGGGAAAAAUUUCUGCGUUACCAGUUGAGGUUCAGGGUUUGGAGUUCACAUUAGAUCUUUUCUUGCUUGAUGUUCAUGGGGUGGAUAUUAUUUUGGGCAUUCAAUGGUUAGCCCAAUUGGGUCCAAUACUUGCUGAUUUUGGUCUUAUGAGGAUGUCUUUUAACUAUAAAGGGACUUGGGUAACUCUUACAGGCCAGCAACCCUUAAAAGCCAACUGCACCACAGCCCACCAAGUGCAACGCCUAGCCCAAACUAAAGGUUUACACUCUGCUCAUCUUUUAACCUUAGUCGAUUCUGUUCUACCAGAGUCUUCGCCGCCGUCACCUACAUUGGCUGUAGAAACCUCUGCUAUUACGGAGCUUUUAAAUCGCUACCAUGGGGUUUUUGAUCCUCCGAAAAGUUUGCCCCCAUAUCGAGCCAAUGACCACCAUAUUCACCUUGUGCCAGGCUCUCUACCAGUAAAUGUUAAACCCUAUAGAUAUCCUCAUAUACGAAAGAAAGAUGGGUCUUGGAAGUUCUGCAUUGAUUACAGAGCUCUCAACGCUAUCACCAUUAAAGACCGUUUUCCUAUUCCAACCAUUGAUGAGCUACUUGAUGAACUCAAUGGGGCUAAGAUAUUCUCCAAGAUUGAUUUGCGAGCAGGAUAUCAUCAGAUUCGAGUGGUAGAAGAGGAUGUGCACAAAACAGCCUUCCGGACUUCCGACGGUCACUACGAGUUCCGAGUGAUGCCGUUCGGAUUGACAAACGCCCCAUCCACAUUCCAAGCAGCAAUGAAUGAUUUGUUUCGACCCUUAUUGCGUCGAUUCGUAUUGGUCUUCUUCGACGAUAUCUUGAUUUAUAGUGCUUCCUUGGAAGAACAUCUUAUUCCUCUACAGAAGGUGUUGGAACUUCUCAUGACUCACAAGUAUUUUGCAAAACAAUCGAAGUGCUCGUUUGCUAGGCCUUCCAUUGACUAUUUAGGCCACAUAAUCUCUGCCAGUGGCGUGCAAGUGGAUCCAUCCAAAAUCAAAGCCAUCACAGCUUGGCCUCAACCUCGCAAUCUCAAGGCUUUGAGAGGAUUCUUGGGAUUGACCGGCUACUACAGAAAAUUUGUUCGACAUUACGCCACUAUUGCUGCUCCAUUGACCAAUCUAUUAAAGGCUAAUGCCUACGAGUGGAAUGAGGGUGCCACUAAGGCCUUUGAGCUAUUGAAGAAGGCAUUGACAUCAACUCCAAUCCUAGCCUUACCUGAUUUUGAGAAACAUUUUGAAGUGUCCACUGAUGCAUCAAAUGUGGCUAUCGGGGCUGUCUUAGCUCAAGAAGGACACCCAAUUGCGUUUUUUAGCAAGAAACUAAGUUUGAGAAUGCAGAGCUCUUCUACUUACAUUCGAGAGAUGUAUGCCAUCACUGAAGCAGUAAAAAAAUGGCGUCAGUACCUACUUGGCAGGCCAUUUGUGAUAUUUACAGACCAGCAAAGCUUACGGGGAAUGAUGGGGCAGACCAUACAAACCCCAGAACAGCAAAAGUGGCUAGUGAAGUUACUUGGGUUCCAAUAUACCAUCCAUUAUAAACCCGGACCUCAAAACAAGGUAGUCGAUGCUUUAUCGCGAUCCUUCACUGAUGAACCUUCUUGUUUGGCAUUCUCAGGGCCUGAGUUCUCAUUUUUGGAUGACUUACGGUCUUAUUUUGCAACUGAGUCCCAAGGAAAGGCACUGGCUACUCAAUGUAGUGAUGCUACUUCAGGCUAUAACCUAGUUAAUGGUUUGAUGAUGAAAGAAGGGCGCAUAGUUAUCCCAACGGGCCACCCUCUUCAACAAACACUCUUACAUGAGUAUCAUAGUACACUGAUUGGAGGGCAUGCUGGAGUGGCUCGAACGCUUGCAAGGUUGGCAGCAAAUUUUUGGUUGAAAGGCAUGAGACAGUCCGUGAAGGAUUUCAUAGCUACUUGUCCAAUUUACCAACAGGUGAAGUGUCUUACUUCGAAACCUCAAGGGUUACUUUCACCUCUUCCCAUUCCAUCCCAAGCUUGGCAAGAUAUUGCCAUGGACUUUAUUACCAAUUUACCAAGUUCACAAGGCAAAACUACCAUAUGGGUUGUUGUGGACAGGUUAACCAAGUAUGGGCAUUUCAUUGCCUUGGUUCCUCACAUCACAGCCCCUGCUUUAGCAUCUGUUUUUCAUCAAGAAGUGGGAAGGCUACAUGGGGUUCCUAGAACUAUAGUCUCUGAUUGA